GAGGUUAGUCGUACCUUGUCCGUCACACGGCCCAGCAGCCCGCCAGCCCAGACCUCCCAUCCCUGUCCUCCCCACCCGGCCCCGCGCCCCGCUCCCUCCGCCCCGCCCGGCGUGCUCCGCUCAGCACUCGCCGCGUCUCGCAGUCUGACUCGGACUGGCCACCAGGCAGCAACGAAAAGUGUCGAGUGAGUGAAAGAGUGAGUGAGUGCGAGAGUGCGCGAGAGCAGAGAGUGAGACAGUGAGUGCAGUGCAUCCCCAGAGGAGUACCACAAUGAAGAGCUUCAGCGUCGGUUUUAUGGUCCUGGCGGUGGUGAUGGCCCUGGCGUCCCUCGCGGCCGCGCAGUCCUUCGGCGACUUCUUCCCCGGCUUCGCGGCGCCCCAGUCGGCGGCCGCCGGCUCCGGGGGACGGUCAAACACGGGUAACGCUGGCCCCAUUCUCUUCCCCAACACUCCUCCGGGCAGCGAGACUUCCGGUGUAGUCGUGGGGGCGUCCGGCUUCGGCUUCGUGCCUCCGGGCGGACGAGCGGGGGGCGCCAGAGGCAACAGCGCGUCGUUCACGAGUGGCAGCUUCGGCAGCGACGACUACCUGUAAUUCACCCGCCAAGCCGCCGUAGUAGUCCUCUGGUUCGGCCUCACCUCCGUCACCUUCGUCGAGGACUCCUCCAACUUUUUCUGGAUCGUCUUCGUCCUCACGAGCAGCUCUACGAUUAACGCGAGGCCCCAUGGGACUUCCCUGUGCCACCUGUGAUUUCUCAUCAUGCAGACCAGAUAUUAAUGGAGCGCGAUCAAGUUAAAUGUAAAGUGGACGUAAAGCAGCAUUCGGCACCUGACCUUAACUUUAUUAUGUUUUGAGAAAUGUUUAUACAGUUUAAACUGAUCUGUUUAAAAAAGAGACAGGUUGUGUUUCACCGCUCAAAGUUUCUUCCUAAACUGCAAAACGAUUGAGAAUACUACACUGUGGAUUUUUUCCUCUCUUUUGUUUUGUUGAGAUCACAUAUCAAAAUGUUACCAUUGUACAAUAGAGUAGUUGGUUGCAUCAUAUUAUAGUAAACCUCUUGUGGUGCCAUGCAAACUUGCUACUUACAUUGGACCCCUGCCCACUGUUUUUCUAUAUGCUUAUUAUUAUUAUGUCAUUGUUAGUCUUUGAGGCUGAAUUCUCAUGUUGAGAGACUUGAUGUGUGUAUCAAAGCUCUCAAAGACUGUUACCAAGUCUAAGGCUGUUUUGUCUCGAUAUAUUGCCAUUUACUGCGACCAUUCCCAUUUCAAUCAGUCGUUAUUUAUAAUUAUUUAUAUUCAUACAUUAAGAACAGAGUGAAUGAACCAUGUCUUCGCCUAUCGGGUUAAAAGCACCAAAACAUUUUCGCGUGUGAGAUGAUCUAGAAUACCAUUGUUGAUGUAUUGCCUUUUGACAUGUCCUCAAUUUUAAUUUUUUUCUCAACCUUUCAAAAUAAAAACCUUAACUUUUGGGGGUUUUCUUUCUUUUUUGAAGUUACUCAUAAAUGACAACGGGUAAUUUUGUAGAAUGGAGACUAACGUAUCGCUCGCGUUUUGUUUCGAGGAGUGUCAUAAGGCCGAAGUCAGUCGUCUUUGUUAAUAUUAUUAUGCAGGAUAGACAUUGACAACCGUUUUGCCUAUCGAUAAGAAAGUCGCCGAUUUUAUCGGAUUGCGUACUUUUGUACAUAAUGCAUGUAUUUACUUGUAUAAUACGAAUGUUUGUGUGGUGUGUGUAUGUGUGUGUGUGUGUGUCUUCCUCUGAUUGUAUCUGUGAGUGUGUUUGAUAGAUCUUUUGAUUUUUAAUUAAAGAAAUAUAUAUUUAAGCAUCAA